AUGGUGGCCAAUGUUACUUUAACAAUCGACCAAAUGGUCUGCAGAAAAAUGGGGUAUAUAACAUCCUAUAGUAUCUGGCAAAAUAAAUAUGCCUUAGCCCCUACAGUUAUCCUCACAUCACAGCUUGUGGUUAUUUCUCUAGCUUCAAGAUUCGUCGAUCUUUGGCUACGGCAACUAGGACAAACCAGCGUAGUUUCCCAAAUCAUUGCGGGUAUUUUACUUGGGCCAUCAGUUCUAGGGCAAAACAAGGAAGCAGCACAUACCCUGUUUCCUCGAGAAGGGUAUAUGACAUUGGCGACAUUGGCAUCAUUUGGAAAUAUGUUCUACCAUUUCUUGAUUGCAGUAAGGCAAGAUCCUGCAAUGAUACUGCGGCCAGGACGAGUGGCAAUGUUUAUAGCUACUAUAGCCUUCUCUAUAACAAUGUUUUUUAGCAUCAUAUUGGCCAUGGUGUUGAGGAAGUAUGUAGAAAUGGAUGAGACCCUGCAUAAUGGUCUUGUAUUAAUAGCUAUGGCUCAAGCUUUUACAGGUAUCUCAGUUGUUUCUUAUCUGAUAACUGAGCUGAAGCUCCAGAACACAGAUGUCGGUCGCCUAUCCCUCGCUAUAGCAGUAUUUACCGACGUAUUAAAUGUACUCAUGGUAACAAUGUCAUUUGUGGCUGGAAGAAAGAUCACUAGUCACCAAAUGAUAUUUUUGGGGGCAAUUUUAACAACUGUUGGAGUAGCUUCUUUUAUUUUGUUUGUCAUCAGGCCAGUGAUAUUGACGAUGAUAAGCUACAUACCAGUAGGGAAACCUGUCGAUCAGAAGUAUGUAUUUUUUGUCAUCAUUACAGCCCUUAUACUUGGAUUUGUAAGUGAGGUUAUAGGACAGCAUUACCUCUUCGGACCGGCAAUUUUUGGCAUGAUUGUGCCGGAAGGACCUCCUUUAGGUGCAGCUUUGGUCACAAGACUAGACACUUUUGUCGCAGGAUUUCUUUACCCAACAUACCUUGCCAUUAGUGGUCUUCAAACCAAUUUCUUAACAAUUAAUAUGAAGGAGAUAUGGAUUAUAGGGUCUGUCAUUGUCUUUGGAAUACUGAUAAAGACAGUAGCAGUAAUGAGUGCAGCAAUGUAUAUGAAAAUACCUACAAAAGAAGCUUUCGUGCUUUCGAUGAUUUUGAACUCGAAGGGCAUCCUCGAUCUCUGUAUUUAUAACUUCUGGAAGGAGAACAAGAUUUUACAACAAGAAGAGUUCAGUUUGUGUAUAAUGUCAGUAGUACUAACAACAGCAAUUAUAACUCCGUUAGUAAGAUACCUCUAUGAUCCUACAAAGCAAUCCCAACCAUUUAGGAGAAGUACCAUCCAACAUUCUAAGCAAGAUUCGGAGCUUCGGAUGCUAGUUUGCGUACACAAUUCUGAGAAUGUUCCUACGCUUGUCAACCUUCUAGAAAUAUCCAAUGCCACUGAGGAGAGUCCUAUUGCCGUCAUUGCCUUGGUCCUCAUCGACCUCGUAGGCCGGAGUAUUCCGAUCUUGAUAUCAAAUGACAACCAGGCGCAUAAUAAGGAAACAUCUGCUGCAAGUAGAAUUCUCAACGCCUUGAGAGUGUAUGGGCAACACAAUGAGGGUCGCACCACCAUCCAAUCAUUCACCUCAAUCUCUUCAUUCGAUAUGAUGCACCUCGACAUUUUCAGAUUGGCAGUCGACAGGAGAGCUAGUAUCUUGAUUAUGCCGUUUCAUAAGAAAUGGGCUAUUGAUGGAAAUGUCGAGUCGACAAAUACUUGUAUCCGACGAUUGAACUCCAACGUCCUUGAAAGGGCUCCAUCCUCUGUUGGAAUACUAGUGGACCGUGGAAUCCUAAAAGGGCCAUUGAAUAUCGUCUCUAGUAAGAUGAAAUUCAAGGUUGCUGUCAUCUUCCUUGGUGGACCAGAUGAUGCAGAAUCACUAGCUUAUGGAGCUAGAAUGGCGAGGCAUGACUCUGUGAUAUUGACAGUUAUCCGAUUCCUUCUUUUCGGGAACGAAAAUAGCAUAGAAAGGAAGCGAGACAGUGAGCUAAUCUUUCAGUAUAAGCAAGCUAACGUAGGAAAUGACCGAUUUUUGUAUGUUGAAGAAGUUGUGAGAGAUGGGCUGGGGCUAUCUCAAUGUAUAGGAAAGCUUGUAAACUACUUUGAUUUAAUUUUGGUAGGGAGAUAUCAUCAGGAUUCUCCUCUUUUUACUGGUCUUGAAGAUUGGAGCGAGUGCCCUGAGCUAGGCAUCAUCGGUGACAUGCUUGCCUCUCCCGAUCUGAAGACAACUGCAUCAGUGUUAGUGGUGCAACAACAAAGAAUAAGAGCGAGCAAAAGGGAAUCACGAGCUCAUGUUGUUCCGGAAGAUAAUUCAUGGAGUAUCUCCAUGGAUCGUAACGAGGGAUAGAGUUUCUCCUCUGUGCUAGUGAUUCAUACUUCAGAGACCCCUAUUCCAUAGUGCAGGCAAUCUUUAAAACACCCAAAAAAGAAAAGGAAAAAGAAAUAGCGCAGAUGUUUUAAAUUUAUGUUUCCUGUUAUUCCUGGAAAUUGUCCAUAUAUCCUUUUGAAAUAGUACAGAUGUUAAGAA